AUGUCUGCUGUCACAACCAAUCAAGCACUGGUCCCAGAGGGACCAGGGUUGAAAGCUGAAGAAUGUAUUAUACGAGAUAAACUUAGCGAAAGAGAAGUAAAAGCAAUAUCUAGAAUCUUAGAGAAAACAUCCUCUGAUGCUGUCGUUGCCUUAUCUCGUCUUUCUAGGUUUCAAAGAGAAUUCGAGCAACGUGAAAAUGAAGGGGUUGAUUUUCUGAACCACUUUUUAUUAGAAUUAGUUAAGGAAAGAUUGGAUGGGUACAACAUAUCCAAUAUACCUGACAAGCAGGCCCUAGCUGAUGUAAUGAUUAUGCUCUGUAUUUGUCCUGCUGAAAUUAAAAACUUAUCACUGAAAAAGAAUAAAGAUCGAGCAAGAGAAUUGCUUACAUGGAUUCAGGAAGCAAUCGUUUCCGGGGAGUUAAGAGAUCCAGGAAAGCUUGGAUCUACAUACUUAAGUACGUUUCUAAAAAAAGAUGAGUUUCUUUCAGAAAGCGGUAAGCCAUUACUUCCUAGCUCUUUAUGCAAAUUAGAGGCAGUAUUUGCUUCUGUAGCACAUGGGCCUAAAAAUGUGUUGAAAGCUAACACUUAUGCUAGUAAAGCCCUUCAGCAUUCACUCGAUAACCAUGCUUCUCCAUCUAAGAGAUAUAUUAUAGUCAAUAUGCGAAAAAGAGGAAACCAUAUAAUCAGGCAAGAUUAUUCUACAUCUUCGAUGAAAACUAAUAUCUAA